GGACUUCUUGAAUGGAGUUGGGAUUCAAAAAAGCACAGGAAAUAUGGCUUGCACAAGCAACUGUCGAUGCUCAGAAAAAUUGUGAGUCACGAUAUCAGCAAGGCAGGGGACCAUGUAAUAUCUUCAUCCUUGAUACCUCUUCAAGCAUUGGAGAGGAAGGAUUCAGACAAAUGAAGAGCACAUUUAGUCUAAUCCUUGAUGAAUACGCGAACCAUCCCGAUAUUGACGAAAACGUGGCUGUUAUCGCCUGUGGACGAAACACAAGAUAUCACUAUUAUUAUUCUAAUAGAUACAUGGACAUAAAACGUUCUUUAGAUGAAUUAGAAUUUGGAGGAUUAUCCCCUCUUGUCGCUGCAUUUUUUCUGUCGUUUGGGGCUACUAAAAAUGGUGCAGGUCAUACAGCAAGAAUUGGCAAUUUUCACGUACGCCCAAGAGUUAUUUUAUUUUCGGACGGAAAACCCACAGAUUUUACACGUAUGUGUGAUGAAGAUGACUCCAUUAUCUACGAACGAGAUGAGGAGAAAGGUAAUUUGCACCAGCUUAUCAAAGACAUCGGAAGAGUUCAUCCAGUAUUUUGUGUACCUGUUGGAAAUAAACCAGAUUUGUCAUUUUUAGAGUUUAUUUCUGCUUGUUCAAGAGGAGGCAAAGUAGUCUAUCCCCAUGAAGCUAGACAACUUGGAAAAUACACAAAGAAUAUGAGAACCGCGGCAUUAAUAUCGACGUCAAUGAAGAAUGGAGAUGAGGAUAGGGAAACUGUGCUCACUCUUCUGGCUUCCGCUUCACCUGAUAUGAUUUUAUCGGAGCUGGAUAAGGACGAUAUAUUGGAUAUUUGCACGAAAAGAUCUGCUUACGUCUCAAUUUUCGAGAUCUUUGCUGAAUAUGAAGAUGAUAAUGAAGAUGGUUAUUAUCACGAGAGAAACCCUCUGCUACCAUGUCUUGGCACAAGAGUUAAAAGGGGACCACAUUGGCGCUGGGGUGACCAAGAUAGCAAUGGUCCCGGCACUGUUAUUGGACAUUCAUUGGAUGGUCGAUUGAUGGUUGAGUGGGAUACUGGUGAAAAGAACUACUAUUGUCACGAUAUUGCUAGGAAUAUAAAUGAAGUUUCUGUCUGCAAUGAACCAAGAAUUCUAGAUACUGAACUUAUUGCACCUGGCUGUUUAGUCACCAGAGGUCCUGAUUGGGAAUGGGGAGAUCAAGAUGGUGGUGAAGGAAGUGUAGGAACUGUUUACAGAGUCAGAAAAACGGGAAGGGUUCAUGUGCGAUGGUCAAACGGCGAAAAAUGUGACUACAGAUUUGGCCAGCACGGGAAAUUUGAUAUUUUUGUAUGCGACCCUUUAUUAUCGGAUGGAAUCCAAUUGAAUGAAGAACAAAUUCGAACUGAUGUUUCCGAUAACCUUCCAACCCCCACAAAAAGUUUCCUAAAAAUUGAGAAGAAUUGGGACACACCAAGCUUUGAAAACACUUUAUCAUCCUCAUUUCAUUUAAAGACUCUCAAAGGACACUAUUUUAAGAAUGACAGAGUGCCUGAUCCCCUGUCAGACUUAGAGGUUGACGGAUUGAAUGACACUGCUUUACAAAGUGACCAGUGGAUGUGGAGAGAUUCAAACGGAAAAUGGAUUCCGUAUCCAAGGAAAAUAAAUCAAAGAAUUAAUGAAUGUUUUAAAAGACAGUCAAAAUCCACUGUGAUUGUUUCCUUAAAUGGAACUAAUUACAGGGUUGUCAUGGCCAAGAGAAUUCAAAUCAACCUUGAGAGUAGAGAAACAACAGAUAUCAAAUUAAUAAAGAAUGAAUAAUUCAUACA